AUGCAAGUGCAAGGUAAUGGACAAGGGAAGAGAAUGAAAGAUAACUGGCCAGGAAUCUGUUUGGUUACCCUUCCUCUUAUGCCUCUUAUGCCUCUUCCUCUUCUGCCUCUGCCUCUCAUGCCUCUUCCUCUUCUGCCUCUGCCUCUCAUGCCUCUUCCUCUUCUGCCUCUGCCUCUUAUGCCUCUUCCUCUUAUACCUUUCAUGCCUCUACCUCUUAUGACGCUUAUGCCUCUACCUCUUAUGCCUCUACCUCUUAUGGCGCUUAUGCCUCUACCUCUUAUGCCUCUAAUGCCUCUACCUCUUAUGCCUCUGAUGCCUCUAUCUCUUAUGCCUCUGAUGCCUCUACCUCUUAUGCCUCUAAUGCCUCUACCUCUUAUGCCUCUAAUGCCUCUACCUCUUAUGCCUCUACCUCUUAUGCCUCUAAUGCCUCUACCUCUUAUGCCUCUACUUCUUAUGCCUCUACCUCUUAUGCCUCUACCUCUUAUGCCUCUACCUCUUAUGCCUCUACCUCUUAUGCCUCUACCUCUUAUGCCUCUACCUCUUAUGCCUCUACCUCUUAUGCCUCUAAUGCCUCUACCUUUUAUGCCUCUGAUGCCUCUACCUCUUAUGUCUCUGAUGCCUCUACCUCUUAUGCCUCUAAUGCAUCUACCUCUUAUGCCUCUAAUGCCUCUACCUCUUAUGCCUCUAAUGCCUCUACCUCUAAUGCCUCUACCUCUUAUGCCUCUAAUGCCUCUACCUCUUAUGCCUCUAAUGCCUCUACCUCUUAUGCCUCUAAUGCCUCUACCUCUUAUGCCUCUAAUGCCUCUACCUCUUAUGCCUCUACCUGUUAUGCCUCUACCUCUUAUGCCCCUAAUGCCUCUACCUCUUAUGCCUCUACCUCUUAUGCCUCUAAUGCCUCUACCUCUUAUGCCUCUACUUCUUAUGCCUCUACCUCUUAUGCCUCUACCUCUUAUGCCUCUACCUCUUAUGCCUCUACCUCUUAUGCCUCUAAUGCCUCUACCUCUUAUGCCUCUACCUCUUAUGCCUCUACCUCUUAUGCCUCUAAUGCCUCUACCUUUUAUGCCUCUAAUGCCUCUACCUCUUAUGCCUCUACCUCUUAUGCCUCUAAUGCCUCUACCUUUUAUGCCUCUAAUGCCUCUUCCUCUUAUGCCUCUAAUGCCUCUACCUCUUAUGCCUCUACCUCUUAUGCCUCUAAUGCCUCUACCUCUUAUGCCUCUACCUCUUAUGCCUCUACCUCUUAUGCCUCUACCUCUUAUGCCUCUACCUCUUAUGCCUCUACCUCUUAUGCCUCUACCUCUUAUGCCUCUACCUCUUAUGCCUCUAAUGCCUCUACCUCUUGUGCCUCUACCUCUUAUGCCUCUACCUCUUAUGCCUCUACCUCUUAUGCUUCUUCCUCUUAUGCCUCUUCCUCUUAUGCCUCUACCUCUUAUGCCUCUUCGUCUUAUGCCUCUUCCUCUUAUGCCUCUACCUCUUAUGCCUCUUCCUCUUAUGCCUCUUCCUCUUAUGCCUCUACCUCUUCUGCCUCUACCUCUUCUGCCUCUUCCUCUUAUGCCUCUACCUCUUAUGCCUCUAAUGCCUCUACCUCUUAUGCCUCUACAUCUUAUGCCUUUACCUCUUAUGCCUCUACCUCUUAUGCCUCUUCCUCUUAUGCCUCUUCCUCUUAUGCCUCUACCUCUACCUCUUAUGCCUCUUCGUCUUAUGCCUCUACCUCUUAUGCCUCUACCUCUUAUGCCUCUACCUCUUAUGCCUCUACCUCUUAUGCCUCUUCGUCUUAUGCCUCUACCUCUUAUGCCUCUACCUCUUAUGCCUCUUCCUCUUAUGCCUCUUCCUCUUAUGCCUCUACCUCUACCUCUUAUGCCUCUUCGUCUUAUGCCUCUACCUCUUAUGCCUCUCACAAGAAGGAGACAAUCAGCUACAGUAAUCAGUAAGAAGUACUAUCACUAA